AGUACGCUACGUAGGAUUUGCUUGGAGAGGGUUUGCGUAGGUUCUGCUCGUACUUUAAACGAUACAUACAGAUAACGCUUGAAACAAGACUUCUCGACGCUAAGAACUAACUAACUAAGAAGAUCAUAAACAUGAGUUUCACCAUCGAGGAAAGAGGAAACCCCAACACGCAAAAUUACAGAGUAUUUUUCAGAAACUCAGAAGGAAAGUACAUUUCCCCAUUCCAUGACAUACCAAUGUAUGCUGAUGAAGCUCAGAAUAUCUUCAACAUGGUUGUUGAAGUACCAAGAUGGACAAAUGCAAAGAUGGAGAUUGCCACAAAAGACCCACUGAACCCUAUCAAACAAGAUGUGAAAAAGGGAAAUUUACGUUAUGUGGCCAAUGUUUUUCCGCACAAAGGCUACAUCUGGAACUAUGGAGCAAUCCCUCAGACGUGGGAGGACCCAGGCCACAAAGAUAGAGAUACUGGAUGCUGUGGUGACAAUGAUCCCAUUGAUGUGUGUGACAUUGGCAGUAAGGUGUGUUCACGUGGAGAGGUUAUUAAGGUGAAGGUCUUGGGAAUCCUGGCAAUGACUCACGAUGGAGGUGAAACAGAUUGGAAAGUGGUCGCGAUCAAUGUGGAAGACCCCGAAGCGAAGAAGUUCAGCAAUAUCGAUGAUGUCAGGAGACUCAAGCCAGGCUACCUGGAGGCCACAGUAGACUGGUUUAGAAGGUACAAGGUGCCAGAUGGAAAACCGGAAAACCAGUUCGCCUUCAAUGGGGAGUUCAAAGACAAGGACUUUGCCAUUGAAACGAUCAAGAGCACCCAUGGCUUUUGGAAGGCGCUUAUCUCUCAAGAGACCAGUGCUGGAGGGCUGAACUGCAAAAACACAUGUGUGUCGACUGGAGACAGUCCAUUCUGCUGCUCCAAUGAUGAGGCAAAAGCUGUGGUUGAUGGGACAUGCCCUUGUGGAAGUGAGGAUCCUAUCCCAUCAUCAGUUGACAAAUGGUUCUACUAUGAGACGAAUUGAUCCGAGAUGAAUCAUUCGAGGAUGGACGAGGACUAUGACACCCUGUUUAGAAAGUGUACUUUAGUGUAAUUUCAGAUGAUUACACAUCAGACAUUACUACAGGCUAUAAUUACAAAUAUUUCUCUUUUCAGGCUGAUUAUACAUUAAAAGAGAAUAAUUGACAGAAAUCAUGACAAGGAAAAUAAUUUCAGUUUACUUAAAAAUGUUCUGUUAUACAUAUAUUACAAGUGGAUAUAAUCUGGGGAAAAGCUUGGGUGUGGUAGGCAGUGGUCUUAAUGUGCUUUAAUAAAAUCUUUUUGUU